AUGAUGGAGGUCGAGUCCUCCUACUCGGACUUCAUCUCCUGUGACCGAACAGGCCGUCGGAACGCAGUGCCUGACAUCCAGGGAGACUCCGAGGCUGUGAGCGUGAGGAAGCUGGCUGGAGACAUGGGCGAGCUGACUCUCGAGGGGGCAGGAUGCACUGUCAGCACCCCCAAGCCCUCCCCCUGGGACCUCAAGGACAUAGCACACUGA